UUCAUUUUCUUCUUGGAAAAUUAGAGCUGACAGCUUCUGUGGCGAAGGCUUUUGGACGUUUAAAGUCCUAUAUCUAUGUUGAUGAGCAGCACAUUGAGGAUGCUGUAGGCUGGCUGAGACAACACCAACUUCCCAGUGGCUGCUUUGAAAAUGUGGGAAGGGUCUUCAACAAUGCCGUGAAGGGUGGCGUGGAUGAUGGUAUUUCACUGACAGCUUACAUUGCUGCCUCAUUGCUGGAGCUCCACCUGCAGAAGAAUGGUACAAUGGUAGAUGAUGCUUUGCUUUGCCUGAAGAAGAACUUAAGUUCUGUGCACGAUGCCUAUCCUAAGGCCUUGUUGGCUUACGUCUUCACAAUGGCUGGGGAUAGAGAGACACGACAAAGCCUCCUGAAAGACUUAGAUGAGCAGGCCGACAAAACAGAAGGAACUGUAUCCUUGUCAGAUAUGGAGACCACAGCCUACUUUUUGUUGGCUGUCCUUUCGACACCAGAGGUGUCCACAGAUGACAUCAACUAUGCAUCUAAGAUUGUGCCUACUCUCACCAAGCUACAGAACCCUUAUGGGGGCUUUACAUCUACACAGAACACAGUGCUUGCUCUGCAGGCUUUGUCCGCAUAUGCAGCCUUGACCUAUCGUGAGACAGAAGAUGUAAAAGUGCUGGUAAAAUCCAGUGAGGGCUUCCAACUUGACUUCCAUGUGGACAAGAAGAACCGGCUGGUGCUGCAACAAGCCUCUCUCCCAGAGGUUCCUGGUCAAUACAGUGUGGAGGUGUCGGGGAAUGGCUGCGUCUACAUGCAGACUAUUCUUCGAUAUCAUGAAGCACCUCCACAGUCUGAAGCUUUUGCUUUGAGCGUAGAGACAUCACCAAAGGAAUGCAACCAGGCUUCCAAAGAACAUUUUGAUAUCCUCCUCCAAGUAAGCUACACAGGGACAUGAAAUACAACCAACAUGGUCUUGAUAGAGGUGAAUAUGCUGUCUGGAUAUAUUCCUGUGAAGAAGUCUGUGAAGAAGCUGCUACAGAAGCCCCUAGUUAAAAAGGUGGAAUUUGAGCCUGACAAGAUCAGCAUCUACCUAGAUCAGCUGGAUAAAAAUGUUCAAAGCUUUAGUUUGUCUGUGGACCAGGAAACAGAAGUGGUGGAUCUAAAGCCAGCAACAGUAAAAGUCUAUGAUUAUUACCAUCCAGAAGACAAAGCGGAUGCUGAAUAUGACGCUCCCUGCAGCACAGUUCCUCCUAGGAGCAAUGGAAUGUCAACAAGUCUUAUUGCUCCCAGAGGGACUUGCUGUCUGUGCAUCAUCAAACUAUGAGUAACUGGCCCAAGGCAGGAAGUGAGCAAAAACAAUGAGGCAUUUUAAGGUACAAAAUGUGAAGAGCACAACUGCUGGUGUUCCAGGGGACCAGCCAUGCUGGGAACAAGACUUUCUUUUUGAGAUCAGCCGCCUGGACUUGGGCUUGAUUGUGGAAGUCUGGAACAAAGGGCUGAUCUGGGACACCAUGGUUGGGAUGGCGUGGACUGAGCUGAAGGCCAUCAGGCAGUCAGAUGAGGAAAGCCCUGGGGUGUGGGCUACACUGGAAGCAGA